AUGGCUGCCGCCGCCGCCGCCGCCGCCGCUGUCGCUUCCAGGAGGCCUCUUCAUGGCCUCCUGAGGAGGUUUUGGGGCCCCUCGAGGGACUUCUCCCAAAUGACCCGCCGCCAGCCCUCUCCCCCACCUCCGUCCUCCGAGGAGCUCAUCAGAUUAGAAGGGGAACACAGCGCUCACAAGUGAGUUCACGCCGCAGGCCCCGUCGAUUGAUUUCGGUUUUCGCGAAGAUAUAAUUGAUAGGAUGGACAAUGAGAAGGUUGGUUUUUCCUGGCGUCUCUUGGGGAAAGAAUCCGUCGCCUGUGGCCUUGGAAAUGAUUCGGAUCUCGUGUCGUUCGUGGCUCCGUUUCGUUGAAAAUUUACAGAUUCGUGAACAAAACCGGUUGGUUUUUUCCCGAUAAUUUCGAACACCCUUGACCUGCAGCUACCAUCCGAUCCCCAUGGUGUUCUCUCGAGCGGCGGGUUGCUGCGUGUGGGAUCCCGAGGGAAACAAGUACAUCGACUUCCUCUCCGCCUACUCUGCAGUCAACCAGGUCGGUGUGAUCCUGGUCAGGAAAACCGAGCAGUUUUCAUCGAUGAAUCAAACUUCCGGUGAAGACCAUCAUCAAACGAUCAAGAUUGGAGUGAUGUUGGAUCCUCUCGUUCCUUUUUCUCAGGGGCACUGCCACCCGAAGGUCAUGGAGGCUCUGGUUGACCAGGCGGGGAGGAUCACCCUCAGCUCCAGGGCCUUCUACAACGACAAAUUCCCCGUGUUCGCAGAGCUCCUGACCCGCAUGUUCGGCUUCGAGAUGGUGUUGCCGAUGAACACGGGCGCUGAGGGCGUGGAGACGGCUCUGAAGCUGGCCAGGAAAUGGGGCUAUGAGAAGAAGGGCAUACCCAAGGACAAGGUAACACCGCCGACUCCAAACUCGUAGAUUUUGGGCAAACUCUUGGAGAGUGUGAGCAGCAGACCGCUGUCCGAAUUCGGACAAGAUGACCGCGUGACAUCUUAGUCUGUGGUCAACGAAGGUUAUCCUUGAUCUGAGGUUUUAGAGUUUAUACAUGUGUGUGUGUGUGUUCCUUCCAAAUGAAGAAGGUUGUCUCUGAACAAAAUUCAUCUCCCUGUUCAGGCGAUCAUUGUCUCCUGCUGCGGGUGCUUCCAUGGCCGUACCCUGGGAGUGAUUUCUAUGAGCUGCGACAAUGAAGCUGUGUGUGGCUUUGGACCGCUGCUGCCUGGCCACAUGAAGGUUGACUUUGGUGAUAUUGAGGGCCUGAAGAAGAUCUUCGAAGGUUCACAUCUUCUGUUGAUACAGAACUCGGUCCAUUUUCAUGAAAAUUGGUCUCAAAAAAGUUCCACUUAAUUAAUCCACUUUGGGGUGUACAGAGCACGGAGAACAGAUAGCUGCAUUCCUCUUUGAGCCCAUUCAGGGGGAGGCAGGGGUGAGUAUACCCCGAAUUUAUGUAUUUAGUUAUUUAUUUAUUUAUUUGUUAUUAGGCUUCUUCUUCCCCAGAUGCUUACUGUUGUUACUUAAAAAAAAGGUCUGGGAGAUUCUCCUGACAAUGAGAGAUUAAAAGAUAAUUCCAUUUUGUCUGUGUCCCAUAAAACGAUAGGAAUUCUUUUAGUGUCAAGAUAAACCAAUGAUCGUUCCAAACACGAUGAACUUAAAUAUCGUGAAAUUUGAUUUAAUAUAAAUUUUAAUGGAAUUCAUGAUUUUAGAUCAUUUCUGGAUGGAGUUACUUCACUUCUUCUUCCACGUUCAUUACCCAUGAGAAACAAUCUGUCCCAAAGGAUUCUAAUUGCAUGGAUCACUCUAUGUCACCGAUCUAUGAUGUCAGCCAAGUAAGUACUCAAGAGUUAUGAAAAAACAAUCGGGAGGAUCUAGCUCUGAUCAGAAAUAAGAAUUUAAUGAAUAAUUAAUUUAAACGUUAUUUCUCAUGGCCGGAAUAUACGCCUUUAGUUUUCUGUUCUUUCACAUGGUUAUAAUCUUUGACCUUGUGCUUGGUUUAAAUGCUUAAUACCAGGUCAUAAUGCCAUCAGAUGGUUAUCUGAGGGCUGCCAGAGACCUCUGCUCUCGGCACUAUGUUCUGAUGAUCGCUGAUGAAAUACAGACUGGGCUCGGCCGCACAGGGAAGUUACUGGGAUGCGACUGGGAAGGGAUCUCGCCCGAUGUUGUGGUACUAGUUAAACUAUUAUCUAUGAACAUCUUCUUGAUCGUUGGUGAUAAGAUUCUGCCGUGUUAUUUGCUAUGGUUGGUGUCUUUGAUUCAAUAAUGGAUAAGAAUCUUCUAUUCAAUGUCAUCGAGGAUGAAAUGCUCGUCGAUGGAGGGGGAGAAUAAGUUUUCCUUAGAAUGAUGAAUAAAAAUAUCCGUUAAAAAUGGAAGAUGGGAUGGGCUGGUCAUUGAACAGCUUUGUUGGUUUUAGAUUCUUGGGAAAGCAUUGGGUGCUGGAGUACUUCCAGUGAGUGCGGUUCUAGCAGACAGAGAUGUCAUGAUGUGCAUUAAGCCAGGGGAGCACGGGAGGUACAAAUGCUUAUUACUGUUGUUAUUUUUUCCUUCCUUUGGUUUUUCUUUCAAAUGAUUAUUACUUCAUUGAUGUGAUUUUGUACCAGUGUGAGAAAAUGAUGCCUUUGAUGCGAAUUUGAACUUAUUCUCGAUUGUUCUUAGCACGUUUGGAGGGAAUCCCCUGUCAAGUGCUGUGGCAAUCGCAUCGUUGAAAGUCAUCGAGGAUGAGGGACUUGCUGAUAGGUAUUUCAUCAUUCCAGUGUUGUGAUAAUCUCUCUCUCUCUCUCUCUCUCUCUCUCUCUCUCUCUCUCUCUCUAAUUAACGAGAAUAAACGACUUGUCAACGGAUUAUUAAACUUUUGAAGAAGACAAAGUUAUGUGCUCUGCUGCCCUUGACGUAGAGAAAAAUAAGAACAUUCUCCCACAUGGAGGGUGAGAGACUCGCUGGGAGUUAUCGAAUCCUUCAGUUAUGAAUUUUAGCUGUGGGAAAAAAACUUCGUGGUUCUUUUUGCAAGGCUCUCUCUCCGUUGACCUCUGAACUUCCAGAUGAGUCAAGUUAGCGGGUGGCGAUGUUAUUCAGGGCUGCCGAGCUGGGAGUGGAGCUCCGAGGUCAGCUGGAGAAGGUGAAGCAGCGGUUUCCCGAGUUGAUCAAAGAGGUGCGCGGCAGAGGACUGCUGAAUGCGGUGGAGCUGAACGGGGAGACCCUCUCUCCAGUGUCUGCCUUCGAUAUCUGCCUGCGAAUGAAGGAGAGGGGGAUUCUGGCGAAGCCCACCCAUGGCACCAUCAUCCGACUGGCGCCUCCCUUGUCGAUAAGGUGAGGGCUUGAUUCUGCUUUCUGAAAAUAGUACCUUCCGGAGGUUACUUUCCCAGCUUUUUUGGCUCGAAUUGGCAAGAACCCGGAACUGAAUUCGAGAAAUGGAAACAGUUCAGUGAUUGUUUUCAUCUAUUUGUGAGGUUUAGAUAGUAAGAAGCCGGAAAUAUUAUCUUGCAUUAUCCAUUCUGUGCCUUUUAAAAUAUGAUCUUCCUGAGAUUAGUUUCACAGUAUUUUAUUUUUUAGCUGAAAUUGGCAAGAACCCGGAUCAGAGUUGGAGAAAGUUAGCUUUUUCUGUGAUUAUUUUGAUCGAUUUCUGAGCUUUUGAUAGUAAUACGCCUGCGAUAUUAUCGACAUAACGCUAACCUUUUUCCCUGCCCGCUGCGUUCAUCAUGAACAUGGUCAGUUUGGAGGAGCUCAGCGAGGGGCCGAGGGUACUGGGCGACGUCCUGGGGCUGGACCUGCCGGAGCUGCGGAACCGGAAGUCCCCGGAGAGCAAACCUCCUUCCCCUCAACCGUGCCAUCGAUGCGGCCGCCGGAUGUAUUCCUCUUAG